AUGGAAUCUAAAAUCAACAUUGAAGAUUACCUAAAACAAAGAGAAAGGCUUGUUCAAAAAGAUAAUAAGAGUGUCUGGGACAGGGAUGCAAGGCCAAAGCCUGGUUUAGAAUCUGAGCAAGAUAAGGUAGAACAAAGAGCCGCCACCAUUAUAUGCGCAAUUCGCGAGUAUGAACGCAAAGUUACCUUUGGAAACCUGGGAUCAGAGGCGCUGCCAGAUGAUAAGAAUCUGGAUAUGGGCGGCCAAUAUCUUACUAAUAAAGAACGCAUAGACACUCAAAGCAAGCUGUUUGAGAUAUCCAAGAUGGUACCGAAGGGAGCUCUUCUGCAUCUGGAUUUUAAUGCCGAACUACACCCUGAAAUACUUCUUUUCCAAGCCCGAGAAGUGGAGAACAUGUACGUCCGUAGCACUCAACGUAUCGAGGACGAAAGCCAAUUGGACACAACCGAGUUAAUCUUUAACGUCCUAGAUUCGACCACCGUCAAACAUAAAGUAAACAUAUUCUCCGAGGAUUAUCCCCUAAACACAACCCAUAGCGAUAUGAAAGAUAAAGAAUUCCAGAAGAAAAUCUGGAUGCGCUGGGGUAAUUUUCUAAAGAAAUUUGAAAAAAGAUUUCCGGAAAAGUAUAAGGAUCAAGCGCCCGAGACUUCCCGCAAGGGAGGACCGCAUCGUUUUGGAUCUUCAUCACUAAAAACUCUAUAUCCGGCUGAGAAAUGGUUGAUGUCAAAGAUGCUGCGUAGUCAAGAGGAAUUUUACCGCCCCGACCAAACCGUCAAUGGGACAUGGGCUUCAUUCAAUCAAGCCAUAAGGGUACCUAAAGCGCUGGUGAAGAGUGCUUACAAAUCAUACAUAAGCAAUGCCAUCGACCAGAUGAUCGACGAAAAGGUUAUGUAUGCCGAAUUACGACUGAUGCUGCUAGACAAAUUUAUCUCUGAUGAUAGCGGGAAGCCAGAAGAUUGCCUUGAUUUUGCUGCCCAAAUGAAGCUCAUCAAGAAAGCGAUAGACUGGAAAAAGAAAGAUCUGGAGAAAAAAAAGGAGGAAGAGAAAUUUCCGUUUGGACUCAAAAUUAUAUACUGUGCACCGCGAUCAAUAGGCAUUGACGCAAUGGAAAGGAAGCUACAGGAGUGCAUGUUACUCAAGAAAGAUUUUCCAUAUCUAAUCUGCGGAUUCGAUCUAGUCGGCGCUGAAGACCGGCCCAACUCCAUCGCAUUUUACAAGGACCAACUUAUUGCUUUUCAGGAAAAGUGCGAGAAGGAGAAUGUGGAGAUACCCUUCAUGUUCCACGCUGGUGAGACACUGCUGGACACUGGCGGUUCCGACGAUCCCAAAAAUUCGAAUCUCUACGACGCUGUGCUUCUCAAAUCGAAGCGCGUUGGUCACGCCUUCGCCCUAAUGAAGCACCCAUACCUGGUAAAAAAGUUUCGGAAAAACAAAACCAACCCUGGCAUCUGCAUCGAGUUGUGCCCCAUUUCAAACGAGCUCUUGCACCUCUGCAGAAACGUAAAGGAACACCCGUACCCAGAAUUGCUAGCUGCAGGCAUACCCUGUACCGUGAAUACUGACAACCCAAAUUUAUUCAGCAAUUCUAUGUCACACGAAUUCUACCAAGUUAUGGUUGGCGCGCCAAGUAUGUCUCUAUAUGGCUGGAAACAGCUCGCUCGCUGGAGCAUCGACUACAGUUGCUUGAAUCCCGAUGAACAAGCUAAGGCCCACAAGUAUCUCGACAAGGCUUGGGCUGAGUUCUGCGGGACCGUUGUAGACAAGUACGAGUACCUUAUGGAUAAGGACAAGAUCGAUCCUGUAGAGGCUGAGAAAGCGUAUCCACCGCGAAAUCGGAAGCACUAUGAGGUUAUCAAGAUUUCCAACUCCCUCGAGAUGGCUCUUGUUGGAAAUUGUUCGAAAUAUCGCACAAGUUCGAAAUCUCACCGUCACAAACAAAAGGUUGUCUCGAAUUUAUGCAGAUGUCUUGGUGCAGACGAGCGAUUCCCUCCUGAAGGCCUGUAG